AUGUAUAAACAAUUUCAAGAUCAAUUUAGGUUGCCAUGGAAUGGCUCUGUGCUCGACUAUCGUAUGAUGCCUUAUGUUGGUAAUGGCCAUGUGGCCACUGUUGUCUUUAGUGAUUUUAUCUAUAUGAAUGGUCUCUACAAUGGUGAAAAUGGUACAAGUCAUCGAGCUCGAAUUCCAAGUACACUCAAUUGGCAAUUUUUGAUUCAUCCAUCAUCAUCUUCAUUUACACUUAAUGUUUCAUCAGCUUCCAAUGAACGCCAUCCAGAUCAGGUAUGGUCGACCCAUGCAUCUCUAUGGAAUGAUAUUUGGGCAAAUGGACGUAUUGAAGUUAAUGGCGACGAUGAAUUGCAACGACAAAUCAACGCUGCUUACUAUUACAUACUCAGUUCUAUUCCACCACUGUCCACUAGAAGUGAACACAAACAAUUCUAUGGUCUUAGUCCAGGAAGUCUUUCACGCGGCGGUCUUGUAUUCAAAGAUUACGCUGGUCAUUCCUUUUGGGAUACUGAAACCUGGAUCUUGGCCAAAGAAAUACUUUCAUAUCGAAUAGCUCUAGGUGAUUCAGCUGCCGAAAAUGCCCGCUUACUUGGUUAUGAAGGCUGGAGAUUCCCAUGGGAGAGUGCACGAACCGGAGUUGACGUUACACCCGAUGGCUAUCUUGACAUUGCUCUCUAUCAACAUCACAUCACUGGUGACAUCGCAUUUGCUGCAAGACAAUAUAUAGCUGCGACAGGUGAUCAAAGAUGGUUGAUAUCUGAACAUGGUGGAGAUCUCAUCUAUGAGAUAGCUCGAUUGUGGGCAUCGAGAGUUGUAUACAGUAAUGAGAAGAAACAAUAUGAAAUAUUGACUGUAUUGCCACCUGAUGAAGAUGCACGACCGUUCAAAAACAAUUCUGUAUUUACGAAUGCAGUUGCUUCAUAUUCCAUUCAAUUGGCUGAUCGAGUCAGUUGUAUCACCAGAAAAUCUGUACCUCAAACUUGGCUCGAUAUUGCAUUCAAUUUAUAUUUUCCUUUUGAUAAUGCAACACAAACUCAUCUUGAAUAUGACGGAUUCGAUUUGAAGAACACAAUUAUUAAACAAGCUGAUGUUGUCCUUCUUGGAUUUCCUCUAAUGUGGCCAAUGAGUAAAGAAAUACGACGUAAUGAUCUAUUGUCCUAUGAACCAUUAACUCGUGAUACAGGACCGGCAAUGACAUGGUCAAUGCAUACAAUUGGAUUUCUUGAAUUGAAUGAGUUUGAAAAAGCUCGACAAAUGUUUCGACGUGCUUAUGAAAUAUAUGUUCGACCACCGUUUAAUGUAUGGACUGAGGCUCAGGAUGGUAUAGGUGCUGUCAAUUUCAUAACAGGUGCUGGGGGCUUCUUGCAAGCUAUUCUUUUCGGUUACGGUGGUAUUCGUCUCACAUUAGAUCAGCUUGAAGUGAUGCCGCCAUCUUGUUUGCCCAAUCAAGCUAAAAAACUUAUUUUUCAUGGUCUGAAAUAUCAUGGAGCAAUACUCGAUUUGACAAUUGAAAAUCAGCGAUAUCACCUUGAUAUACGUAUAAUGAAUAAUAAUAACUCCAUGCCACUUGUGUACGAAUACGAACAGCAGCAAGUUCCACUAACAAACAAUACUCGUCUCUCAUACCAAAUUGGCACUCGUCUUAUUAUUCGCCCAUCAAUACGAUUGUGUGCUUGA